AUGGCUGCUACUCAUUCGUUGAGUAAAUCAGAUACUCUCAACCCUCAAGCUCAUGAAGAGUUGUCUACUGACACUUCGUCACGUCCUGAUUCUGGCGACGAAAGCGAUGAUGAGAAUAAGGUAUUAGAAGAAAGUCCCAAUGGAAGAUACAAGAAACAAAAAAGAGAGGCUAUUAAAAUUAAUCUGCAAUGGAGCAUUUUUGCCGUCUACUUCUACACCAUUUAUCCAUGCAGGAUUUACUGUAUUACUAGAAUCGAAAAAAUAGGAAAGCUUGUUCAGCAUGGAUCGCUAGGAACGGAUGCUUUCUUGGGAAUGGAUACCGAUGAAGGUGUAGAAAUUGUAUGGAAUGAAAUAUGGCUUUCGGAAGGGAAAUCACGUAGUUUCUAUAAUCACAACAAUAUUGUUGAGUUCUAUCAUUAUUGGACGCAUAAUGAUGAAGUGAAAAAGAAAGCUCGUAUAACGUUUAUUACGGAAUACAUGACGUCUGGUUCUCUAAAGCAAUUUUUAAAGAAAACGAAGAAGAACCAAAAAGGACUUUUACAGGAAAAGUUAUUUAAGCGUUGGUGUCGACAAAUUCUUUCUGCCUUAGACCAUCUAGCGUCAUUCACUCCACCAAUUAUCCAUGGAAAUCUUAGCUUAGAUACGAUCUAUAUUCAACACAACGGCUUGAUCAAGAUUGGGUCUGUGAUCCCGGAAGCUAUCAGUUACCAUGCAAAAUCUAGGUCCCCAUCGGAACUGCAAAAUUUGUUUACUGCAGCACCAGAAUAUGACAUCAAAGAAGCUAUCUUAACGACUUCUGUGGACAUUUAUGCAUUCGGUAUCUGUGCCCUAGAGAUUGCAACGCAAUUUUUUGAUACUAAAAGUGGAAAAAAACCUUCUCCUUCAAUGAAUUAUUGGAAUAGAGGAUCUAUCCAAAACUCUCUUGAAUCACUAGAAAAUACUGACUUACUGAAAUUUUUGCAAAGAUGUCUUCAGGAGAAGCCUGAAAUGAGACCUUCAGCUAAGGAGCUACUUUUAGAUAAAUUUCUUUUUGAGGUACAUAGUUUAAAAUUACAAGCUGCGCAUACUAUAGUCGAUAAAGAAGUUGCAAUACCUGAAGACUCGAAUAGUAUUCCAUUAGCUAUUCUAUCACAAAUGGAAGGAAUUGCCGCAGAUAUUUCUUAUAAAAGCAGUGACGAACCAUUUCAUUUUGGUUAUGCGAGUGGGCCCCCAGCUCUUGAUUUAGAAAAAUAUAUAGAGGAAGUGAGGAGCGGCUUGUAUCCAUUAACUUCCGUUUAUAAGGAUGAAGAUUUAGUACGCGAUGACUCCGAUGAUAAGACGAAAGAUGAUCCAUCAAUUGAUAGUGAGCACUAUAGUAAGGAGACUAAAUCAGUAUUAUCUGUUAAUUGUACAAUUCGUGCCGUCGAAGAUGAUGAAGUCAAAAGACAUCUUGUGAUCACCCUUAAAAUGGAAAAUGAAAUCAAUAGGGAAUUAUCGUGUGAUGUAUCAUUAGACGAAGAUUUAUCAAAACUAGCGGAAGAAUUAGUUCUAUAUGGAUUUAUAAAGCAGAUAAAAAGAGAAAGUUUAACUGCCAUGCGAAGGGUAGCUUUUGACGGUUAA